AUGAAGUUUCCGUCCUGUCAACUGUGUCCUCUUUCUGGGGUUAACUUUAUUUCGACUCCUUUUACCACAAUUACCCGGCCCGGUUCUGGCUCCGAGCUUUCGCGGAGCUCCGGCCCGAGCGCAUGCACCGGGCCGGUGAUAUGUCUCCACUCGCGACCGCAAUUCAUAGAGAACCGACACGGAAGACGACUCCGAUCGCGACCGCCUGGCAGCUUUACACGCGCCGAAAAUCCUCUGAGCAGUGCUUUUCUCACUCCUCCCAAGUAUUCUACAAGUGUUAGAGAUGGCGCAGAUAAUCUGGCUGCACCAUCUCACAGGUCAGAUACUACAAGCACCGCGGCCAAUUACUGA